AUGGGAAUUUCCCACCUUAUAAUUCAACGUGCAAACAAAUGAAUCCAAAAGAAUGACGAUUUUUGCAUUUUUUCCAAAGCGUGUCUGGGACAACUGCUUCGAUCAAGCUUACGAGGAGGACCUGAAUGCGACAAACGUCUCUCAGCCGGUGUUUUCAUAUUUUUACGCCCCUCCGCUCUUGCACGGUGGUUUCCAUGCUUCAGAGACGACAAACGUAGUCUGCAGGAAAACCAUGACUCUGACCAGAGGAUCUUUCACCUAUGCUAGUGGGGAAGAGUACCACGGCGAGUGGAAAGAAGGUCGGAGACAUGGUGAUGGCCAGCUCAAGUUUCAGGAUGGAACCUGUUACAGCGGUCAGUUUGAGAAUGGACUCUUCCAUGGUUCUGGUGUACUGCUUUUUACAGAUGGAUCCAGAUACGAAGGCGAAUUUGCACACGGAAAAUUUCAUGGCACGGGUGUCUUCAGUCGAUAUGACGGCAUGAAGUUUGAAGGGGAAUUCAAAGACGGGCGUGUUGAAGGCUAUGGGCUACUGACUUUCCCAGAUGGAACUCAUGGCGUUCCACGAAAUGAAGGCUUGUUUCAAAACCACAAGCUGCUGAAGAGAGAAAAGUGUCCAGGAGUGGUGCAGCGUGCGCAGGCUUCAGCCUCCAAUGCUCACAGCCUGGCGCUUUGACAACCCUGAAGGACACAAUCGCACUCAAGGUUCCAACACCAUCCGAAAGGGCGUCAGGGAUUGUACUUGAAUAUGUUUCCCCAGCUCUUCUCUCAAUGUCUUCAUCUCUUCUUUUACCAUGACUUUUUUUCUUGUUAUGCAUGAUCCUCGCUCUGCUUCAACAGAGGCUUGGAAUCCACAUGCAAAUUGACCAAAUAAUGACUUUCUGGAAGACUGACAUGAAAUAUGAAGACCAUAAAGCACACCUUUAACUUCAAGUUAUGAACACAGUGAAUGCUGCUGUUCCGGUGUUCUGAACAUCGUCUUUUUGUCUUUCCUAUAGAAUACUUAGCCUUCUUUUAUCAAACCAGGAAAAUUGAGACAUCUGGUUCUUUAAAGAGUUUGUAAAUUAAUUCUAUAGGUGGAAUUAAUUCACCUUAAAAAGGUGCAAGCUAUUACAAGAAAGUGAAACCUAAAUGUACCUUUUGAAUUUUUAACUAGUGGUGCCACUAGCAGUGCUUUUAUAAGUGGGUCCGCUUUUGUUCUUCACAUUCACAUGCACAAGGACGUGCUUGCAUGUGCAAGAGCAUGGCAGCAACAUGAUUCACAUUCAUGACAGCAUGCCCACAAAGCCAGUCACAAAGACCGAGGGCUAAAACACAGAUCUAAACAAUGCACCAUUUCAAAUAGUUUUUAAUUGGCUUUGUAAAGGUGUUAUGAGCAAGGAAAAGCAUUCAACAAGUUUGACGGGUGGAAAAAGACACACACAGCGCGCUGCCGAAACGAGGUGAAUGUAAAUGAUUCUGAGAACACUCCAAUGGCCGCCUUUAAGAGUCCCUCAACUGAAAAUCCUGCUGCUAACUUUACAAAAAAAGGGAUCAAUUUUUCCACUUUCCCCCUUUUGAAAAUCAGUAUUCACGUUUGCCUUAAAGACAUUUUUGUGCAAGAGUGUAGUUCAAGGUUGUUUGAUUUAAAAAAACAAAAACAAAAGACGCACAACGCCCUCUCUUUCCCUUCUUGACUCCAUUGCUCCGAGACAUAUCGCUAAGCUGGUGCUGAGGUUUUAGCUCCCAUCAACGCGUCACAUUUACAGUGGAAAUCACAACUAAAUGCACUCAAUUAUGGACCUAAAUCUUAAACAAGGCAGCAAAUUGAAUGAUUUAUAAAUCAGAUAUCUAUUUCACUUUGUAACGUGUGUAGUCCUUUUGUGAUAGAUAGUCAUCGUCUGUGACUGUUUUUGGUUUGACCUCUGGAAUGAAUUGUUGGUCAGGUGGAAAAUUGUACUACUGCAUUAUUUAACACAGUGUAGUUAAAGAACGUGUUAAGAAUUUAUUAUUAACCUUUAUAGCUGAUCACAGCCGACCUGUGAUUUCUGAUCAUUUCCGUGUACUUGAACAGUUAAUAGGCCUUAAAAAGCAUUUGUUGAGAUGGUUUGUCUAGGGUUGCCUACACAGCGCUUCAACCAAAGACAGACAGAAGAUACAGCUACUGAACUCCAGAACAGUCAAGUGUCAUGUUUUCCUGAACAAUAAAGAGCAAUCAGUAAGAACAAAUUGCAGAUUAAACAGGGAAUUGAAAUCAGAUUCUGCUUUAAAUAUGUCUGAUGUUUCGAGCAUGGUUUAACACAUUUACAGGCAUUCACUGCUGUUACCGGGUAUAAAGAAAAUCAAUUCACAGUCUUGCAUUGUUGCUUUGAACGCCCCUUUGGUAUGGCAGCACGGUGGAAAGUACAAUCACAAAGACAGCAGUACAGUGAAUGCAUUAGUACCACUUUAUAAAACACACUUUAAGGGUUGAACUGUGUGAAAACAGUGUAAUAUGCUGCAGAUCUCGUAGAGGGUUUUCUUUUUCUUCUCCAUUAGACACAACACUUCCUCAAGCCUUCUUUGCUUCCACACUUCUGCCUGAGUGAAACUGGAUACACUCGAAUCACACAUCCUUUUCCAAAUGGAAACAAAUGGUGCUUUAAAAGUGUGCCUGCCCAGAUUUUCACUUGCCUGGAAAACAUCGUUUCGGUUCUUAGGUUUUUGUUCAGUAACGAUUUAAUGUUGCUUUGAGUGCUCUCAGAGAAAACUGUUGCACAAUAUCCUGUAACGUUCCUGGAAUAAGUCUCACAGAGGUGGCAACCAGUGGAUGUGUUUAAUAAAGAUCUUUUUUGCUGAAAGCGAAACGUGUUUUUCAUUGAGUGUCACAGUAUUUGAAUUGAACAAAGAAACAGGAAACGCUUUAGUUUUUAUUUCAUAGCUUCUCAGGGAUUCU